AUGGCGGCGAAGGAAUUGGUCAAUGAUAUGAAGCUUAGCGCGAAGGUUACAGCGGAGGGUACUUACCAUGACACCUUCGAGCCAGUCUUUAGUCGAGGUACUGGUGGGCGGUGGUCACAGAGGAAGGAAUUAUGGAAGAAGGAGAGGCCAUUAGGCCACGGAACGUAUGGAGAUGUAUGGCUUGAACGGUACACAGCCAGUGAAACAAAAACGAAGUUCCGCGCCGUGAAGACUAUAAGAAAGCUGAAAGAUACUUCCCAUUCGGAUUACCUGACUCAAGAACUAGAAGCGCUCGCGAAGUUCUCUUAA